ACCACGCGCCUCUAACCCCCACGUGUGGAGUCUGACUGAGGAGCUCGACGUGUUUAAAGCUUCAGACUCUCACCGGCUGCCUGUAUUUAUCUUUAAAAAGCGAAUAUGGGUAAAAAACUGAAGGUCGGAAAGACCCGAAAGGAUAAGUUUUAUCACCUGGCCAAAGAAACCGGUUACAGAUCCCGUUCAUCUUUUAAGCUCAUUCAGCUAAACCGUAAAUUCAACUUUCUCCAGAAAGCCAGAGCUCUUGUGGAUCUUUGUGCUGCUCCUGGAGGAUGGCUGCAGGUGGCGUCCAAGUUUAUGCCAGUGUCCAGUCUUAUUAUUGGAGUGGAUCUGGUCCCUAUCAAACCCAUCCCUGGAGUUGUUGCCCUGCAGGAGGACAUCACAACUGAAAAGUGCAGACAGGCUCUCAGAAAAGAGCUGCAGACAUGGAAAGUUGAUGUGGUACUUAAUGAUGGAGCACCCAACGUAGGAGCCAACUGGCAGCAUGAUGCCUUCUCUCAAGCUCAUCUCACUCUCAUGGCACUGAAGCUGGCCUGUGAGUUUCUUGCUAAAGGAGGGUCUUUUGUCACUAAAGUCUUUCGCUCCAAAGACUACCAACCCCUGAUGUGGAUCUUUCAGCAGUUCUUUAAAAAGGUGCAGGCCACCAAACCCCAGGCCUCUCGUAAUGAGUCAGCCGAGAUCUUUGUCGUCUGCCAAGGGUUUCUGUCUCCAGACAAAAUUGAUAACAAAUUCUUCGACCCCAAGCACGCCUUUAAAGAGGUGGAGGUGCAGGUGAAGACUGUGAAGGAGUUGGCCACGGACAAGAAACCUAAAGCAGAAGGCUAUAAUGAGGGUGACAUGAUCUUGUUUCACACUUUCUCAGUCACUGAGUUCUUGAAGGCUGAGAACCCGGUGGACUUCUUAAGCAAAGCCAGUGAAAUCACCUUCGACAAUCCAGAGCUGGAAUCUCACACAGCCACCUCUGCUGAAAUUUUAGAGUGCUGCAAAGAUAUCAAGAUUCUUGGACGGAAGGAGCUGCGUCUCUUGCUGUCGUGGAGAGCAAAACUAAGGAGGCAUUUGGCCAAAAAGCUAAAAGAGGAGGCCAAGCAACUGGACCAAGAAAUCAGCCUCAGCUCAAGUGAAGAUGAAAGUGAUACAGAAAAGGACAAGAAGAAGAAGAAGAAAGUGGAAAAGAAAGAAGAGAAAGAGGCAGAAGAGGCGGACAAUGAUGAAGAGGAGAUGGACAUGAAGCUGGCUAAGCUAAAAGCAGAGGAGAUUGCAGACCUGAAACGUAAAAAGAAGAAGCUCCUAAAGGAGCGGCGUAAGCAGAGAGAGCGAGUGGAGCUCAAGAUGGACCUGCCUGGAGUUUCCAUUGCAGAUGGGGGAGACUCCAGCAUAUUCUCCCUCAGCACCAUCAAAAAAGCCAAGGGUUUGAGUGAGCUCACUCUAGGGGACAUGAAGGGAGCGGAUGCUCUGGUGGAUGAGGGGGACGGGGAGGACGAUGUUCACAUCUCAGACUCUGAGAGUGACGGCAUUUCUCUGGCUUCAGACCUGGAUGAUGAGGACCUGGAGGAGAUUGAGAACAAUGAGAAACGGCUGCAGAAGAAGCUUCCCAAGAAAAAAGUUUCCUUCAAUAUGGAGGAGGAAGAGGAUGAAGGUGAGGACAAUGAACUCUUGGUUGAGUUGGAGGGUAAAGAUGAGAAAACAGAGCGAGAGACCAGCAUGUGGUUUAGUAAGGGAAUCUUCGCUGAGCUGGAUCUGGAUGCAGAUGGAGAUGCGAUGAAGGAAAUUCAACAGGCCCAGUUUCUCCAAAGCAAGCAGGCUGCAGGUAAGGGUAAAAAGAGGAAGGCUGAAGAGGAGGCCGAGGCUGCUGAGGAACAUGAGGAGGCCACAACUUCACAGGCAGCAGAAGGGAAAGCUGGCGAGGACGAGGAUAGCGAUGAUGACUCUGAUGAUGACAGCAGUGAUGAUGAACAAGAGAUUGCAAAAAUGAAGAAAGCCUCUGGAUCUGGUGAAUUCGCUGGUGAUGAUGAUGACUUUCAAGUAGUUCCAGUGGAGAGCACAAGUAAAAAAGCCCGAAUUCUGGACGCCGAAGGUCUGGCUCUUGGUGCUCAGAUUGCCACGUCCAAAAAGAGACGCAGGGACCUGAUAGAUGACUCCUUCCACAGGUUUGCCAACUCUGAGGACAUGAGCGAGGUGCCGUCCUGGUUCGUGGAUGAUGAGAAAAAGCACAGGAAGAAGCCCGUCCCCGUUACCAGAGAAAUGGUGGAGGAAUACAAAGAGAAGUGGAGGGAGAUCAACGCCCGUCCCAUCAAGAAACUGGCAGAAGCCAAAGCCCGCAAGAAGAAGAGGAUGCUGAAGAAGAUGGAGCAGGCCAAGAAGAAGGCUGAGGCAGUGGUGAACACCGUGGACAUCUCUGAAAGGGAAAAGAUGGCUCAGCUCAAAAGCAUCUACAAGAAGGCCGGGGUGGGUAAGGAGAAGAGGGAGGUGACGUACGUUGUGGCCAAGAAAGGUGCAGGCCGUAAAAUCCGCCGCCCUCCAGGACUCAAGGGCGUUUUCCGAGUGGUGGACGGACGAAUGAAGAAGGACUUACGAGGCAAGCAGAGGAAGGACCAGCAGAGCCAGGGCAAAGGGGGCAGAAAAGGUGGAAAGGGUGGGAAGGGUGGCAAAGGUGGCAUGGGUGGAAAGGGAGCGAACGCAGGCAGGGGGCCAAAGGCAGGCAAGGGAGCGAAAAUGGGCAAAGGGCGUCCAAACAGAAAGUAAAAACCAACUUUUGCCCAUUUUUUUAAGCCGUUACACUCAGCCUGGACUGCUGUAAUUAAGCUGAGUUGUACUGAAGCUCUAAAGACUGUGAGGACACUUGCGCUGCCUUAUGAGAGCCGCUUCUCCACCCUGCGGCUCGCUUUUGCGCUCUUUCACUGCUGGAGUGGACUUUAGCGUGGACUACAAAUUAUGAUCAAAUUCAUGAUUAUGGUGGGCGCUGCUCUUUAAUGCUGAUCUGUGAUCAGUAUUGAACUCUCUCCUGUAAUUGUAAAGAGGUGUCCUCUUAACAGGUUGUUCUAGUUCUGAUGUAUUGUGGUGCAUUUUCAGCUUUCAUCUCUACAGAUUUAAAGAAGCAUCCAACUUAUUAGCUAAUUAUUAAAGGGGAAAUCGACCAGUUGAUCAGAAUAUAUGAUUAACUAGUUACGAUGUUUAUUUACAAGGAAUAAGGUGCCUUAUUACAUAUAUAAGGUGCACAAAAAAAGAAAAAAUAUCUGGUGUGAGACACUCCAUCAAGAAACUCCCCAAAGCAAAAAUGUAUAGAGUGGUGAUGAAUAGAAUCAUCUGAAGAAUAUUCCGCUUUAUAGAACAUUUAUUAUAUACAAUUAUAAAUACACUGUCUAAUAGCACAGAUGAUGUUUGAACAUAGAUUUGAGAAUCUAUCUUUAUGAUUUUGUGAUUUAUUAGUAGCUGGGAGUAACACGGGUAAAGUGCAACAAAAUAGUCCCUAAAAAUUAGGAACUAUAUUUGUUCAUUCCGCUCUUUUCAACAAAUCUGAGUUGGUCAUUUUUGUCAGUUGGUCAAUUAACUGUUUCACGUCCACCCACUCAACUCAAAAACAAAAUGUUUUCUAAGUAUGUUAAAUACACUUGUAUUUAUACAGGAGUGAAAGGAUAUGACCUGUAUAGUCUUGUGUCUUUUACCAUAAAUGAGUGAAAUUCAAGCUUUCUCUCAUUCUCCUCCCUAAAGCCUGGGUUAGGUUUUUGUGUCCAAAAUGUGUUUUGGAUUAUUGAGAUUCUUUAACUGUGUAUUUUCACAGUUUAAUGUUAACCUUGUCAGUUUUAAUAAAAAGUGACAUGUUUA